GCUUCAUUAGCCGCUAGGUAUGACGACUUUCUUUUUCUUCCCUGGAGUUUUGGAGCCUCUUGUUUUGGAAUUCGACGCAACAUGGCAAGCACUUUCAGGGUCGCGAGAUACUUACGAUCCGCGCGGGCAUCCAUUCCGAGAACUCCUUGCAAUAAACAGUUCGCGCCGUCUAUACAAACUCGCUGGACAGGUAGCACCUCUGCUACUACUGAGCCCCUCCAGCCCACUGCCGACAAUGAAGUUAACGGGAGUGCAGCGCCGCCUAAAGCUAUCAAGUAUACAUCAGACUCAUACCCCAAGCUGAAGAGAAACGAUAAAUAUGCGCAGAUUACAGAGGAACACGUAAAGUUCUUUAAAGGCGUUCUAGGCGCAGAGUCCGCCGUGAUAGAUAAUAUCACCGGUGAAGCCUCGGAAGAUGUCGAGGCCUAUAAUGCGGAUUGGAUGCGGAAAUUUAGAGGCCACACAAAAGUGGUUCUGAAGCCGGGUUCGACGGAGGAGGUCAGCAAGAUUCUAGGAUACUGCAACGAGAACAAAUUGGCUGUGGUGCCUCAAGGAGGAAACACCGGAUUGGUCGGUGGAUCCGUACCGGUCUUUGAUGAGAUUGUUAUCAACCUACAGCGAAUGAAAGAGAUCCGAUCAUUUGACGAUGUUUCCGGCAUACUUGUUGCUGAUGCUGGUGUGAUUCUGGAAGUGGCAGACAACUAUCUCGCAGAAAGGAACCAUAUAUUUCCCCUGGACCUUGGCGCCAAAGGAUCGUGCCAGAUAGGAGGUAACGUGGCCACCAACGCGGGAGGUUUGCGACUGCUGCGAUACGGCAGCCUUCACGGCAAUGUCCUGGGCAUUGAAGCUGUGCUUCCAGAUGGAACUAUUGUCGAUGAUCUCUCAACACUGCGAAAGAACAACACUGGGUACGACUUGAAACAACUCUUUAUUGGUAGCGAAGGGACCAUUGGCAUCAUCACGAAGAUAUCUAUACUAUGUCCGCGACGUUCACCUGCCGUCAAUGUAGCGUACUUUGGUCUCGAAAGCUUCGAGAAAGCUCAAGAAGCAUUCAAAGAGGCGAAGAGCCAGCUCUCGGAAAUUCUCUCAGCCUUCGAGAUGAUGGACGGACGGACCCAAAACAUCGUUCAUAAUAUCAAAAGCACUAGCAAGCCCCUAGAGGGAGACUAUCCAUUUUACUGUCUUGUUGAAACCAGUGGAUCAAACAGCGAGCACGAUAACGAGAAGCUGCAGAGCUUCUUGGAGUACGUGAUGGAGAAUGAAAUAGUUGCCGAUGGCGUCCUCGCCCAAGAUCAGACCCAGGUGGCCGAUCUAUGGACGUGGCGUGAGGGCAUCACAGAGUGUCUCGGUCACUGGGGUGCAGUCUACAAGUACGACUUGUCCAUUCCGAUCAGCUCGAUGUACGACCUUGUGAAUGAUACCAGAGCACGUCUUGAAGAGGCUGGACUUGUUGGCGAUGACGACUCAAAGCCUGUUGUUGACGUCGUGGGAUAUGGCCACAUGGGAGACGCAAAUCUACAUUUGAACGUACCAUGCCGAAGAUUCGACAAGGAGGUGGAAAAACUGAUAGAGCCAUUCGUGUACGAGUGGGUGCAGAAGAAGAAAGGAAGCAUCAGCGCUGAGCACGGUCUCGGUAUAACUAAGAAGCCAUACAUUGGUUACAGCCGCAGCGAAACCAUGGUCAAGCUGAUGCAACAGAUUAAAAAUCUUUAUGAUCCGAACGGCAUUAUGAACCCAUACAAAUACAUAUGAGCGCUUUUCGGGGAGGACAAUGAUAUCAAGGUUACUUUGUAAAUAUUGUUGUAUUGGCAUAGUACAGCGGCCUCGGCUUUUACAAGCCACAUGUAACCACUAUAUUACCAUACGCAUCAGCAAGCGCAUAGAAUGUUUAUCAGCAGGCGCCCUGGACACAGGAAUGAAAUUAGUCUUGAAUGCCAUU